GCGGCGGGAGCGGCAGCUGCAGCUGCAGGUGGGGCGGGGGCCUCGGAGCAGAGCGAACCCAGCACACGCGGCCCUGUGGCGGGACUGUAGCCCAGGGCAGCGGGCGCCCGGGACCCGCCACUCCAUCCGGAAGUUUCUUAGGUCUUUAGGAAGACCUGAUGUCUCCCAAAAGCAACUUCUGGUAGAAGUCUGAAGAUCAUCUUUAAGGAAAAAGAAAACUAAAUGAAUUAAGGACAAGAAGGUUUCCAAUCAGUCCCUGCUAUGUGGAUAUUUGUUAGCAAUGACUGAUGUGGAAACUACAUAUGCAGAUUUCAUUGCUUCAGGAAGAACAGGUAGAAGAAAUGCAAUACACGAUAUCCUGGUUUCCUCUGCAAGUGGUAACAGCAAUGAAUUAGCCUUGAAAUUAGCCGGUCUUGAUAUCAACAAGACAGAGGGUGAAAAUGAUGCACAGCGAAGCUCCACAGAACAAAGUGGGGAAGCCCAGGGUGAAGCGGCAAAAUCUGAAAGCUAAUACUCCCCUUUGACCAUCAGGAACGCCUUGCAAUGUGGCAAAUCUCCAGACAUUGCCGGGAUGUGUUUCUUGCCAUGAAUGAACCGGGAGAAAAGGAAAUGGCUUUACUGCCUCACAGGAAGCUGUCUGUUGCCAUGUUAAAAGUGGAGGCAGAGCCUGUGGCUGCAGACAGACUUUUCUCUACCUCUGUCAUUAACAAUGGUUGAAAUCAUCUGGCCCAUGUUUGGAUGUCAUUUCUGUAUGGGUCCUUGCACUUGACCAUAUAAUGAAAUGCUAGUAGAGAGUAGUACUGACCUAGAUGAUGAUUCCUGUAGCAUCUGGUCCCUCACGAUGUCAGAGGAUUUAAUUGUGUCUAAUUGCAAAGGAUUGGUUGAACCCAGAGUUUAAAUAUCUCUGGCUGGAGUAUUCACCCAGUAAAAGAACCAUCCAGAGAGCACUGUUUUAGCAUUAUGUCCCCAUGUGUUACUACUGUGUUCGUUACACUGUUUUGUAUUGUACAGUAUAUCUGCUCAGCACUGCCCCUACUUUGAUUGCUUAUGUAAAACAAAAUGAUGUACAUUACUGUGAAUUUUUAUACCACUCAUUUUUAAAAGGGCUGCCUUUUAAAUUUUCCAUAGUGUCGUGGCGUGCACAAGGCAGAACACACUUUUGUAAAACACUCUCUUUCCUCCCAAUAAUUGUAUGCUGAUGAUUAAGUCCAACAGACUCACCAAGACCCCUUUGCUUUAUUAUUCAGGCAUUUGGAAAUGUCCAUUAAUGUGAAAAUUGCCUGAAUUCAGUCUUUUUCAUAUCUGCACAGACCAGAACUCGAUCUGUCAAUAUCAUUUUAUUUCCAAAUAAGGAAAUUCUCUCGACUAAUAUUUUAUUCUUUCAUUAUAAGAAUUUUUAAGAAUUGAGAAAUUAGAAAUGGGAAGCCAGAUAAUGCUAAGAACUGGAAAUGUUUUGCUCUGUGGAAUCAAUUUUCUCACAAUGAUGUGUGCCACUGUUUAAAUUGGGAAGACAGCUUGAGUCCACCAGGCUGAGCAGGAUGGAGAAAGUACUGUCCUCAAAACCAUGUGGACACCAAUCACAAAAGUGGAGCCCUUGUAUUGUGUUUGACCAUGUCUUUUUUCAGCCCUUUCAAAUCCAGAUGUUGUUAUGCAAUUUUUAAUGUUUGUAAACUUUUCCUAAUAAUUAGUGUGAAUUGCAUUAAUUAUCACCAUUAGAACCUAGCUAUAAUUCACUGAUGCUGUUGAUGGUCUAUGCUGUGUUUUGACAUCAUGAUUCUUGUACGGACAAUUUCUGUGAGCCAUGUAACCCCUCUGGUCAGUAUUAUGAAACCAUUUGUCAGUGGUAAUAAAUAAGCAGCCAGUAAGAAGAUGCCCGUGGUUCAUGAAUUACAGGAAAAAUAGCAUGUAACAGGAAAUCUUCACAACAAAAGAUCCUACUUAGUGUCCUGGGAGGCAUAUCUACAGUUCCAGUUGAAUUCAAGAGAGCAGACAAUCUGUGUAGGUGUGACAGGAACUUAGUCUUUCAUAGUUAGAAUGGGUGAAAGGUAAGGUCUGCCCAUACAGAUCUCCCUUUGUGGUACUUUUUACUGACUGGGAGUAUUUGAGUCUCAUUUAGUCCCCAGCACAUGUUAACACAAACUAUAUUAACGAUGUCUUUCUGGAUAUAGAUAGUAGAUAGAUUGAAUUUUAGAGGACUUGCUUCGAUCUGUCUCAUCAGAGACUAGUUAAAAUGGAAAUAAAUGUACCUGUUGAUAGACUCAAAUAUGUGAACAGAAGCAUCUAAGGCUAUGUCAGACAAUCUCUGAUAACAUGUUUAAAACACCCAACAGUUUUCAAUGUCCUUGUUUAGCAAUCCUAAUAGCUUUCUUGUGAAUAUAAAGUUUUCUUAAACUUGUGAUUUUACAAACUGGUUUCAUGUGAGUUUUGUAAAGUUUAGAAGCAGUGCUGAGCAUGUGUGGAAGGAUUAGACUACUGUGUGAUACACUAUCACUAUUGCAUGUGGUGCCACGCUUGUCUUAAAAUAUAAAUAGUGCUAAACUGAGAA